UCUUUCCGUCUUGAAGUCUGGACGACCUUAUCGUUCUUGUUUUCCAAAGCAUCGAUUCGGUUGAAUUAAUGUACAAUAACUUUGACUAAUAAUAACUUUGACAUAAAAUGAUAUUAUUGUUCUGCUAUUAUUACUAUAAGACAGUUACAUAUGUAUUAUAUUUAAACGAACUUUAAUCUCAUUUAAGCUGGCUACCUCGAGGUGUCACAACGUCUUCCGCGUAGUCACUGCUUAUAGUCGCGAUUCCACGUAGCGCAGAUUGAAUACACGUGUUCGGCUACGUGCGAGUCGCGCGAAUGCAUUUGCUGAUCUCGAAUUUUUAUUCCUCCACACGAUGACCUCCGCUCCGACUCAGUUAACUAGAGCCUCGCAUAUCAUACUGUCAUUCGCUUCGCCUUGAAUAAUAAUCGCAAAUCCCGUCCCAGAUAUAUGGCUGUUUACGUAUAAUAACAUUCGUAUAAUUCGCCAACUUGCAAUUCUGCUUCGAAUAAUCAAUUCCGAUCGGAUGAUUUUAAUUAGACUUCGCGUAAAAAUGCGAAUAAACGUCACGAUACGAUCAUAUCUUGAGAGAACUUGUGCUUGACAUUUAUUAAGCGAAUAAGCUAACAAUAGCAUAGUCUUUGUCAGAUCUCUUUGUUUUAUUCCGUCUGUUUAAUCUUCACUUAUCGGCUUAUCAGGCGUCUGAGAAAUUUUUCGACGAGUUUUGUGCAACCGAAUUCUUUUCUGUACCGUAAGAAAAAGAUCAUGAUUGUCUCGUGGGAUAGAGAGAUUAGCGUGUAAAAAAUGACAUCCUUUGCGCAAGAACAUCGCGAGAUUCGAGUCAAUGUGCGAUAUAUGGCACAUGAAUAUCGAAGGAGUUAAAAUAAACGCUCCGCCGCGCUAUCAGCCGCUUCGACGACGCAUUCGCGCCUGUAUCGCAUCGAUGCGUCGGGCGCAUCGGGCGUGCAUCCGUGCACGUACAGGGUCGCUCAAAGAAGUAGCUUUCGUCCUUCCGUUUACGCGUGUCUCGAGUGGCUUGACGAAUACGUCAAUUACCUGCCGUACUUUAGCCAUUUGACGAGCGCUUCGACGACAGCAGACGUUCACUGAGAGGAAACAAUGGUCGGCAACAUGGAGAUCUCGACCAGGAGACGGCGUCUUUGGCAACCGUGGCUCAGUGCCGAUAGUCUACGUUUGGUCCGCAAACCGGAAGAAGGAAGACCAAAGACAACGAAUCUGCAUCGGAAACCGAGCAGCGCGUGGCGCAAAGAACGCAGGAGGGAUCCGAUCCAGAGCGAGGCGUUGGAUAUGUCGGCGGCACGUGUGCACCACAGUAGGCCCAGUGUGAUCGUCCCUACCACUCCGCAAGCCGGCACCACGAUCGAGGACACGGCUGUGACGCCUACUCCAACAGCAACACCGACCGCGGCAGCUGCAGGAGGACGGAGGACCGGCAUCAGAAACGUCGAUUCAGACUGCGACCCAGCAAUCGACGAGCACUUCAAGCGGUCACUGGGUUUAGAGGAGUACGCGGCCGUCUUCAACGCGACCACCAGCGACAAAGAGACUGUCCUGAGCGUUGACGCUCACUUCGCGAAAGCGCUCGGUGAGACCUGGACGAGGCUUCAGGCGACCAGUCGAAGCAAGGAAUCCACCUAACCAUCCGGCAGGCUUGCCAGGAAUCUUGUCGUCGUCGUCAUCGUCGUCGUUAUCCUCGUCUUCGUUUGUCGCUCGGCGAUCGUCGCAACCCGUUCGGGUGAAAACGUUCCAGUCUCGCUCGUUAAUUACGCACUAGUGAUAAGUCAUUACCAAUAAGAGCUAACCAAGAAUACGUGCCCGCAUUUCGAACGAGUCGCAUCGAGGCGAAGCUGGAAUAGAAAAGUUUAAAGAAACAUAAAAAAUGAACUGUCAGGCGUAUACGAUCUCGUUAUAGUGCAGGUCUGUAGAAUUUUUCGAAGAUCGCAAAUAGCAAUAGAGCAACUGGGGUUUGUUGUAUCGAUUUCUGGUCGAGUUCGUGAAGCAUAGUCACAUUAUAUCGGAUUCCUCGAUAUACCGCUGAAAGUACACGCUAGGAAAAAGAAUACAAGUCGAAAGGUUAGAAAUGACAAGUUGUAUUUGAUUUAAAUAUCAUUCUCUUUUUAAUUAGAUCUUCAAACUAAUCUCUAGAUAAAUUAACUCUAGAUAAAUUAACUAGCUGCUAUAAGAAUAAAAUCGAAUGAGAAUCUAUUCUUUACAUUUUCACAAAUUUGACUCAAAUUGACUUACUUCUGCUCCUCUUUUCGUCCUUUCCAUUCUACAAGAAUACUUCUUUUUGUGGAAUCCAUGAUUAUACGACUUGUGUGUUCUUUCUUCUCGGACAACUUCGUAGAUAUUUUAUUUUAAUUGAUACAUACUGCCGUACGUUGCGCAAGAAGGGUAUCAAGUGUCCUUGAUCUUCUCGUUUUUCAACUCGAUGCUCGUUGUCGUCGCUUUUUCGUCGAAGACACGUAUGCAAGAAGGCAUCAGGAAGACUGGUCUGCGCGCUGUAUUGUGUACGGUGAGUGUACCGUGGGCGAAUUUGAUAUUGUACAUAGGCACGUAUUCCCGUACUACGACGCCAUCGCCAGUCAUUAUCGUAUAGUCCCGAGUUGUGUGUACGGAUAUAAAAUUAUUUAUUAUAUAAAUUUCCUCGCAAAGCUUGAUAAGUUUCGUAAGUUUAUACUAUGUAUACAUAUGUACGUAUAUACGUAUAGAUAUCUAUGACUCUGUAACACACGUCAUAAUGAUCGUUAUCGAGGAAUUUUCAUCAAUAAGACGCGCGAAAGAGAGAGAGAACUGGUAAGAUGAUUGUAUAAUUUAAUAAGACACAGCACCGCAUAUUAAUAUAAAUAGCGUAUAAAUAUUACAUCUACGUCGUUUAUAUAUAUAUACAUAUAUAUAUAACGACUUCAACCGUUUAUCUAUGAAGAUAAACGAAAGGAUAUAUACGAGACACAUGAGAAGGAUUAAAGGAAAUUUCGUUA